UCGCUCUCUUCGUCUCGCUUUCUCUCUUUCUUUCCCUGUUCCUUCGCACGCGCGCGCGACCGCGCCAAAAAGCAAUGGCGUUUUUGCGAAGCGUGUCGCGGCGAUGCUGCGCCGGCAAAAAGCUGGCCAAAUGCGGCGCGUCGCCGAUGCCCGUGGUCGGCCUCCUGGAGAACGCGGCGGCGACGAGGACACCGUCCCUGCGGCUGGUUACACAGGUGCGCGACACGCGCUGCUACGCCACCGCCACCGCCGCCACCACCGCCGCUGACGUCAAGCGGCAGCCGCCGGCGCCGCCUCGGCAGAUCGACCCGCUCGAUUUGAAGUUUAACGACCCGAUCGCCGCGUUCAAGAGCAAGACCACCAUGGAGCUGAUACGUGCCUACCUGGUGUACCAAAUGUGCUCCAUCGAGUACGUCGUGGAGAACAAUAUGAAGUUCAUGAAACUGGCCAAGGCGAUGCUGGGCGAGUCGCUAUUUUCGAGGCUCAUGAAGGCGACGUUCUACGGCCACUUUGUCGCCGGCGAGGACGAGGUACAGAUCACGCCCGUCCUGGACAGGCUGCGACAGUUCGGCGUCAAGCCGAUCCUCGACUAUUCCGUCGAGGAGGACAUCUCGCAGGAGGAGGCCGAGCGUCGCGAGCUCCAGGCCUCGGUGUCGGAAGCUGGCGACGAGAAGAGGGAGGGCCCGCUGAAGAAGUACCAUGUAGAAAAGUCGUUCGCCGACCGGCGGUACAAGGUGUCGUCGGCCAGGACGUAUUUCUACCUGAAUGAGGCGUCGUGCGAGCGAAACAUGGACAUAUUUAUCAGAUGUCUGGAGGCCGUGGCGGGUGAGUCGCUUCUUCAGUUUCCUCCCACCCACGGGCUGCUCCCGUCCUCCUGCUCCUCGUAUACCCUCGUCCAGUUUCACGUUGCGGAGCGCACCGGUGCUGCGUGCGUCGCGACGCAGCAAUCAACUGCAAAGAAAACCGAUUUGCAACCGGAACGUUGCGCGCUCGUUGAUGAGCAAUCAGACGCGAGCGGUACGCGUUAAAUUAAUUAAUACGUUAGCUGCUAUGUGGGUUCUCACUGCUUCGAUGCUCGACUGAAGGCGCGGUCAUGAAGAAUGCACAGCGGAUCCGUGCGAGCGAUGACACGCGUGUUCGUUAGCGCGUCUCGUUGGCUCCCUGUCGCGCUGAAUCGCUCGCUUUCUGCGCAUAGAUGAAUGAGACCCUGCGGCGAUUUACAACGUCAGCAUGAAGCUGAGACCGGCGCAUGGCAGUCAACGCGUUAACGCAACGACGAAGAAAGAGAGCAACAUUCAGAACCCGCUCUAUAUCUGCCCUCUUCGGGUCAGAGCUAAGAUUGCCAGAUGCGAAAUGACUAUUUCCGGGACAUCUUUUUAGAUGACGGUGAAUUGACAAUUGAAAAAUAGGUUGUUGGAGAAUUUUAGUUAAAUUUGAGAGAUAGAGGGAUAAGACGGCUAAUGCCCGGUUUCUUCAUACCUUCCAAUAGCUAUCUUCCAGAUAAAGAUAUCCGUCAGAUAAUUAAAAAUUCGUUUUCUUCAGUGAAAUCUCCGGUUACGUAUCUAA